ACAAACUGUUGCAUUUGACGUUUCUUAAGCAAUGUGGGAUUAGGUUAUAUUUUUAUUUUAUGUAUGUGUUACUAAAUUAAGUACAAGUGUAAUAACAGUAACACUAUUUUACAAUGGACGAGUUAGUAAUAGGUACUUACGAAGGAUUUUUACUUGGAUAUUCUUUGCGCUCUGAGGAUAAUGUUACUCGAUUAAAGCAGACCUUUGCAACACAUUCACAUACUGCAUCGGUGCGAUGCGUUGCGAUUGCUGGAAAAUUUCUCGCUUCAGGCGGAACAGAUGAUAAGGUUGUUGUUAUAGAUUUAAAAACUCGUAAAGAGCACACGGUUCUUAUGAACCACGAUGGCACAAUCAAUGCCGUCGCUUUUACUAACAAUGGUACACAUUUAUUGACUGGAAGUGAUGAUGGUUCAAUAAUUAUUACCAGGACAGGAAAUUGGCAGAUUGAAAAGAUUUGGAAAAAAGCACAUGGAGGUGAACCAGUUACUGCUAUAGCUGUUCAUCCAUCUGACAAAUUGGCAUUAAGUAUUGGUGGUGACAAAACACUAAGAACAUGGAAUUUAGUCAAAGGUCGACCAGCAUUUACCAUCAACCUUUCUAGUAAAGGAUUAGCAUUGCCUACAGAAAUCAAGUUUUCUCCAGGAGGUGAUAGAUUUUCAUUACUGUCCCUGCAAACCCUUGAUGUUUGGACUAUUAGCAAAGCUGGCAUAGAAAAAAGAAUAUCUUGCAAUUCAAAACCAACAUCAAUACAAUGGAUUAAUGAUGAAAGAAUUUAUGUCGGUUUAGAAAAUGGCAACAUUAUAACAUUGAAUGUUGCUGAUAGUCAAGCACUAACUUACCAAGGCCACAAACAAAGAGUGAAAUGUUUGUAUUAUGAGAAUAGCAUUCUUUACUCAGCUUCUAGCUCGGGAGAGAUGAAAGCUUGGAAGGUUAAAGAUGAAAAACUACAAGAAAUAUGUACAAACAAUGCAUCCUGUAGGGUCACCUGUAUAACAUUGAAUAAACAAAACCAUCUUGUGAAGAAAGAAGAAUCUGACCACGAAGGUGAAGGUGAAGAUGAGGUAAAGAAUGCUAGUGAUAGUGAUAAUUCUGAAUGUGUUGAAAAACCACCAAUGAAAAGAAAACCAGGUGCAUUUGUGACUAUAUCAUAUGGAGACGAUAACCCAAAUGAAGAUUCAAUCUCACCAGCUGCUAAAAAAACGAAGAAGAGAAAACGAAAUAAGAAAUCUAAAAAUAAAACUGUUUAAACUCUA